AUGUCAAAAUUACAAAAUGAAGAAGAAAUCAUUCUGACACAGCUUUUGGAUCAAAAAAUAACAGGAACACCUAAAGAAUUUUAUGAAAAAUUCACGACUUUUGUGAAUCAAAAGCAUCAUGAAGCCUUGUGUAAUUAUUUAAAAAUGUGCGGAUUAAAUAAUAAGGAAACAAAAGAAUACAUAAAGCGUCAUACAAAUUUUGCUAAAACAAACAGUCACAAUGUUAUUAGAAAAGAAGACAUUAACUCUCAAAAUAAAUCAAAAUAUUUGAUGCCUGAGACAAAAAGUUCAAAGAUCAAUUCAAUACUAUCAAAGUAUUUUGAGGAAAGGCUAAAAGAACUUGAAGAGAAUCAACUCAACGUAAGACCUGAAAUUUCACAUAACUUUAUUUUAAAAAUCGUAAAUCAUUGUUUUUCAAAUACGCAUGAUGGUAAACCUCAAAUGGAGCUUUGGGUGCCUUCUGUAAUCCAAUAUCUAUUUGAUAAUCAAAUGUUGGCUAAUAAUAUUAUUGAAGGUGGACUAAUUAAAGGGUUGAUGGAAAGAAAUGCUUGGGGACUUUUAGAAAUUGCAUUGACCAAAUUAAACGAUAUUUCAGAAUUGGAACUAGUAAAUUUCUUAAAGUAUUUAAUUUCAUCCUCUAGAACAUCAGAACCAUCAACAAUGUUUAAAAAAACAAAAUUACCAAAAUUUCUUUCUUUAAUUAUUUCCGCACCAAGAAAUGAUUAUUUAAUGAGAAAUCAUUUGAGAACAUUGGAUGAAGAAGAACUAACGAUAAUCUUACAGAUAUUAUGUCAUUGGAUUGAAACAUACAAUAAAUCAACAAUUUUUACAAAAAAUACAGAUGAUGUUGAAAAUGGUAGGAAUGAAUCUGACAAGUCUUUAAAGUUAAAUAAAAUCCCAGAAAUUAUCCAUGAAUUGGACUUUUUCAUGGCAAUGGAAUCUUUACUUCCAUGUCUUGAAUCAUAUCAUAAAGAAUAUUUAGAAUAUGAGAAUAGAAGAAAGCAAAUAAUAUCAAAUGAUGAAUAUAAUAAAGCAAAAGCCUCCUUUAAUAAUGAUGAAUGUAUAUCAGAUUAUUCUGUGGAAGUUUUUACAUUUUUAUGA